ACGGUUUGCUUACUGUGAUGAGGCAGAUGAGGAAUGAGGAUCUAAACACAGCUUUUAAUGAAACAAGGUAACUCAGAAUAAAAGGAAACAAAACACAAGGAACCAGGUACAGAACAUGACAACACAUGUGAAGACUGACAAAGAAACCAGGGGAAACAAGGGCUUAAAUACAAGGGCAAACAAGGGAAUGAGGAACACCUGGGGAAAACAAUCAGGGGAAAAGCAAUCAUAAAAGGAAACUACAAAAGGACUACAAAACUAACAGGAAACAGGAACGUGGGAACUAAACAAGGAUUUCAAAAUAAAAGUCUAAGCACAAAAACAGGGAAUACGUGACAGAGUCCCACUUUAAGGAGUGGAGUCCAGACGCUCAAAAAAAAAAAAAAAUUGUCCAUAGGGUGUGGGGGGAAGGGGUGAAACAGGUAGUUCAAGGGGGCACAAGGGGCAAGGGGAGCAGAGGAACAAGGCAAAGUCAGGGAGGCUUGAGACCAAGGUGGAGCUGGAGGGAUGGAGAGCCAGGGUGAUGCUGCAGGCUCAGAGGACCAAGCUGGAGCCAGAGGUUCAGAGGGCUGAGGUGGAGCUGGGGCCAUGGAAGACCGAGGCAGAGCCGAUGGAAUUGAGGACCAAGGUGGAGCCGGAGACAAAGGAGACCAGAGCAGAUCAGGCGGAUGGCCAGGAGACCAAGGAGACCGGAGCAGAUCAGGCGGACGGCCAGGAGACCAGGGAGAGCGGAACAGAUCAGGCGGAUGGCCAGGAGACCACGGAGACCGGAGCAGAUCGUGCGGAUGGCCAGGAGACCGGAGCAGAUCAUGUGGACGGCCAGGAGACCAAGGAGACUGGAACAGAUCAGGCAGAUGGCCAGGGGACCAAGGAGACUGGAGCAGAUCAGGCGGACGGCCAGGACACCAAGGAGACCGGAGCAGAUCAGGCGGACGGCCAGGACACCAAGGAGACCGGAGCAGAUCAGGCGGAUGGCCAGGAGACCAAGGAGACCGGAGCAGAUCAGGCGGAUGGCCAGGAGACCAAGGAGACUGGAGCAGAUCAGGCGGACGGCCAGGAGACCAAGGACACUGGAGCAGAUCAGGCGGACGGCCAGGAGACCAAGGAGACCACCUCAGGGUAGUGACUGGGUCAGGAGUCCUGGUAGGUGGCCACAGGGCAGAGACAGGGUCAGGAGGCCUGGGAGGCAGCCACAGGGCCAGGAGGCGGCCAGGAGGCGGCCACCCUAUUUUAAGAGUGCUAGUGUUAAGCACAGUGUUAUGCCACAAGUCAUAAGCGCAAAGCCAAUAGGCAUGGCCAUGAAGUUUUGGUAUUUUCGUGCAAGCACGCUCUAAGUCUAGGCGCAAGUGGGUUUGGCAAAAUCGUACAUACAACGCACAAAUGUGCUGGAACAAGUGCAAUUUAAUUCUGAGGUUCUUCUCCGGUUAUUUCACCUUCUACGUCCUAUUAUAUAGUCCAUUCCCACAAGCACCAGCUAUAUAAACAAAGACAGCACAUUCAUGAAAAGUUGGUAGUAUGAAUGGACUGUAUGCAAUGAAUAAGAUGCACUGAAAAUUACGUUCUUUGUGCAUUAACCGCAUCCUUGAUGAAUGUCAGGCAUAUUUAAUUGACAGCGACACGCUCCUUUUAUAUGCAUAGAAAAAAGUAAUGUAAGUAUUAUUAAUCAAUUUUCAUCUACUGACACACAAAUCAUGGCUAGUAUUAACAGUGAUUAUAUCGGCACGCACUUCAAUUCUAACGGUCAGUUUUGAAAAAUGUAAUUCAUUCAUUGAAAAAUGACAAAAUUAAAUCAAAAAUAUUUCUAAAUUGAAAUUACACUUCAAACUAAACAAAAAUAUAAUCAAAAUAACAAAGUGGUCAAAUAAUCAUACCAAUUCCUGACAUUUUACUCUCUCCAACUUCUUCCACCAGCCCAUUUUACAGUGACUUAAAAAUCACUCUACAACAACAGGUGGAAAAAUACCUUUAGACUUACAAAUUAGGUCAAAAAUACAAUUGUAAAUUUAAACAUAAUAAAUGAAAAAUAAACCGUGAGCUAUACAGAUAGUUUAACACAAAUCUCAUAAAUCUUUGUUUCAUAUAAGACGGCUACAACUCUGAUCAUCAUGGACAUAAUUGCAUGUUCCACUAUAUUUUCAGAGUUUGGACAUUAACUUUAUUACAACCUGCUGGUGGAAUCUGCAGGAAGUGAGUUUAAACUUUGGACUGAGUUAAGACGUGGUAUUGAAACAUCUUAGCGCAAUGACCUAUUGAGCAAACUGCGCUUUGCACCACUUAAUUUACAUUCAAUACACCCAUAGUUUGUGCACACACACCCACAGCAGUGCAAACACUUCCACCCACAACCACUUGCGCUUUGCGCAGGCACGGAAAUUGGAUAAGACCUUGCGCAAGGUCGUAGCACGUAGCGCUUUGCACACUUACAAAAAUUUAUCCCAAUGAGUUGUUUUGGCAGCUUGGUUUCAACAAAUGCUCCUUUUGUUCCAAUUUGGAAUGCCCAAUUCCCAAUGUGCUUUUUAAGUCCUUGUGGUCGGGUAGUGGUUUGCCUCAGUCCGGGUGGUGGAGGACAAAUCCCAGCUGCCUCUGCGUCUGAGAUCGUCAACCUGCGCAUCUUAUCACGUAGCUUGUUGAGUGCGUUGCCACAGAGGCAUAGUGCAUGAGGAGGCUUCACGCCAUCCAUUGUGGCAUCCAUGCUCAACUCACCAUGCGCCCCACCGAGAAUGAACCACAUUAUAGCGAUCACGUAGAGGUUACCCCAUGUGACUCUACCCUCCCUAGCAACCGGGCCAAUUUGAUUGCUUAGGAGACCUGGCUGGAGUCACUCAGCACGCCCUGGGAUUCGAACUAGCGAACUCCAUGGGUGGUAGCCAGCAUCUUUUACCACUGAGCUACCCAGGCCCCCAUUCAACAAAUGCUCUUUAUGCAGUGAGGAGGAAAUUUUGAGUUCUGAAACUUACAGUAAGUUUUUAUAGUACAAUGACCUCUUAUAUGUCAAAAGAUCAAGAAAAAUUUAGACUUCAUGUCACAACCCCUUUAAAUCUGCAAUCCCACAAAUCUUGUAAUUUUACAUCAAUAUUUUUUUCUUCUGUUGAACAUGAAAAGAACGUCUCUUUUGCACAUUAUAUUUUAGUCAGUGUGUUUGCUUCUCCAUGUAUAUAAAAUAACAUGAGAUCAAUUCUCAAAAAUUACUCAUCGUGCUUUCUUCUCUCACAUUCUUUAAUGCUGCUGGAUGUGAUCUGCAUAUCUUCAUAUUUCAUUGCUUAAAUGACAUGAGAUUAAGCACAGUGUCCUGUUAAUUCUGCUUAGUGUUUCCAGUCCUUUUUAUUUCCCUUCUUAUCACUGGAAAAUUGUGAUAAUAAAUUAAACAGCUAUCUGCUUUAUUUAUGUCCUCAAGACACAUGCAGAUCACAUACAUGCAUUCAGCACUUCACUGGAAAACGUUGCCAUCAAGUUAGAUCUGUCUGUCAGGUCAUGGACAUAGCAGAGAGUCCAUAACAGAAAUUAUGCUGAAGAAAAGCUGUUCUUGCUGGCUGUUGAUGAGAGUUCCUCUCAGGUAACAUAAGAGCUCAUUGCCAAUUAAAACAAAAUGUUUCAAAAUAUCUGCGUGGAACUUUCACACUUCUGUCCUAUUGUUCAGUGAGCUACAUCUGUUUCUCUUAUCCAAUGAUUUCAUUACUUUCAGACAACAGCCACCAGAUCUAGUGAACUGACUGACAUUGUAUUACAUUUAACACAUUUGACCCUGAAAUUAACAAUGCUCACUAAGACAGUUUUGGACAAUACUUUUUUAAAUGAGUCCAUAAAUUGCUUAAUUGGGUGAAACUCAUCCCACAUGAAGUACAGUGGUAUGGCUUCUCUCCAGUAUGCACUCUCUCGUGUGCUUUCAGGUUUCCUGAUGUAACAAAACUCUUUCCACAAAAAGAACAAACAUGAGGCUUCUCAUUUGCAUGAGUUAUCAGAUGUGCCUUCAGAUGUGAUGCCAGCAUAAAUUUCUUGCUGCACUGAUCACAGUUAAAUGGCCUUAAUCCAGAGUGAUUGCGCAGAUGAAUUUUGAGAUGGCCUACUUGAGCAAAACUCUUUCCACACUGAGAGCAGGAGAAAGGCUUUUCUCCAGUGUGGAUUGUCAUGUGACGCUGAAGAUUUCCUUUUACUGCAAAAGUCUUUCCACAUUGAAGGCAUGUGAAAGGCUUCUCUCCGGUGUGAAUUCUCAUGUGACGCUUAAGAUCUCCUUUUAGUGCAAAACUCUUUCCACACUGAGAGCAGGUGUAACUCUUUUUGGCUCUUGCUCUUCGAAUUCUUUUCUGUGAGAAAUUCAUUUCAGUCUUUGAGCCACUAAAAGGUUCUUCACCAGUGAUGAAAUGAUCACAAUUAGGAUCAUGAUGUUUCUCCUCCACGUCAUUCAGUUCUUGACUUUCUUCUUUCACUUCUAUU